AUGACGGAACUAAUCGAAAGCACAUUAUGCCAGACGUGCAAAGCGAUCUUCCAGCCGGGCGCUGUCAAGAACGAGUCAGGCGAGACACAGCACCAUGGUCUUGAAGCGCUGGCCGCUCGCGCCAGCAAAUGUCAUCUCUGUCUCACCAUCUUCAUGUCCAUCGAUCCCGAGGCCUACAAGACGUUCCGCCGUGGCUCCAUGCUUGACACCAUCGGAUAUGCCUGGAUCUCGCCCAUUGCGAGGGAUCAGGCUAGACUUAAGUUCCGAUAUGUCAAGCCUGGCAUUGCGGGACAACAGCAACCUUCUUCGACAUCACCGACGGCGGCAGAGGCGAGUGCGAGUGCGAGUGCGAGUUCCAGUCGGAUGACGAUGACGAUGUCUCCGAAUUCGGAUAGGUCCAAGAACAGCUCAUCGUUCUCUGACACUGAUACUACGCUCGUGGUCGAGUUGAUUCUGAUGAAUCCUAAAUAUGCUGUCGAGCCAGGAGUCAGGACGAUUGAUGUUCGAUCAGUCAACACGGCGUCGAAGGAGAGUUUUGACCUCGCCAGGCAAUGGAUCCAAGACUGUACCUUCAACCACAUGAAAUGCUCCGUCAAUGAGACCAACACGUCGUGGAAGCCCACCCACCUUCUGGAUGUAACAGUCCGAGGUCCCAAGAGCGCUCCCGGUGUCAAACUCGUGGACGGCAUGUUCGUGGACCCGCUGAGCGAGUUCUGCACCCUGUCUCACUGCUGGGGGAAAUCCAAGUCCAUCCGGCUCCAUAAAGGAACACUCGCGGCCUUGAGACAGGGCGUGAGUAUUUCGAGUCUGCCCAAGACGUUUGCCGAAGCAUGCACAACGGUCGAACGCCUGGGAUUCCGCUACCUAUGGAUUGACGCGUUGUGCAUCAUGCACGAUAAGGAGCAGGCGGUCUUGUCGGAGAUCGCACAGAUGCACAAAGUCUACUCGGAAGCGACGCUCAACAUCGCCGCAACAUCCUCGAGGGACGAUGCCAGCGGCCUGAUCUACUCGCGCAAUGUGACGGCCCUGCAGCCUUGUAUCGUCGACGUCAAGGCUUCUGGCAUCGAUGACGGCAUGUAUAAAAUCCUGCGAUCGACCAUCUGGCACGACCUGGUGGACUCAUCCCCCCUAAAUCAGCGUGCAUGGGCGUUCCAGGAACGAUGUCUCGCGAAACGGACUCUCCACUUCACGCGUAAUGAGCUGCUGUGGGAAUGCCAACAGAUGUGCUGCUCCGAGGUAUUCCCCAAGGGCCUCCCCGCAACGAUGGGGCCCCCGGCGAGUCAAGAGUCGGUGGAGUUCUUCAGCAAACGCAUCCAUCACCAGCGGCACGGCAACUGGCACCAGCUGGUCAAGAUGUACAGCCCGAAGCGGAUGACAUACUCAUCCGACAAGCUACUCGCGAUCUCUGGUCUCGCGAAGCAAUACAUGGCGCGCAACCGGCUGCGUGAGCAGGACUACUUGGUCGGCAUGUGGAAGCCGCAGCUGCCGCACGCUUUUUUGUGGCGCGUCGAACAGGGCCGGCGCCCGGCACACUACCGCGCACCAACGUGGUCGUGGGCAUCCAUCGACGGGGAGGUCAAGUACCCAGAACCCGCGCAGUCAAUGCGCGAGACGUGCAUCGAGAUCAUCGACAUCAACAUGAAAUACAAAGCGGACAAUUUCGGCCUCGUGGAUUCCGGGUCCAUGAAGGUACGUGGCUUCAUGGCGCGCGGCCUGCUGCGGCGCACCCACGACUACUGGGGCCAGACGCCGUGCGUGAUCCAGUGCACGCGCGCUCAGAUCGAGCUCGAGAACGCGUCGUUCGACGAUCGCCUGCCCAAGCUGUCCGAGGCCAGCGGCAUGCUCACCGAACAGUUGGAGGUGUAUUUACUACCGGUCAUUGACGUCGUGGAUCGCGUCGAGGGACUGUUGUUGUGUGCGACCAUGAAGAAGGGCGAGUUUCGGCGCAUUGGGUCCUUCGAUGUCUCGAGGUACGACCAGGUCAACUGGGAUCGCUUCAGGAGCGUCAUGAAGGGGGAUCCCGACAUGGAAAAUUUCGAGGAGCGCCUGGAUCAUACGAAUGGCUACUGGUUUGCAAGUGAUUACACUUACACCAUUAACGUUAUUUGA